UGAUGAAACUUCUUGACGGAACAAAACCUUUAACGUACAUCUUUCGUUUUGCUUUCAAAUAGCUCAUAAAUUGUUUGUCGCUUUAGCUGGAAUCAAGGAAUCAUUCUUGAAAGACUUUCUUGGCUUGACCCGUUGCAUGUUUCUAUGAAGUCGGAUUUCGGAUUAUCUCUGCCUCCGAGCUCCAUCCUUUUUAGAUUCUAGAAAGUUUACAAACAAACAUUCUGUGUCAAUCACAGCUCUUGAUUUCUAUUUAGAUCUUCACACGGUCUCUUUAGAUAUGUCUUCAGAUAUUCAGACAGUUGCAGCUCUGCUACAAGCUACUUUAGACCCUAGGCAGCAUAAACAAGGUUUGUAAACUACUCGGGCUCAUGUUUGUAAAGUAAUUAUUGACUGUUUUGUGUAGCUGAGGCAGCUCUGAAGGUUGAGCAGGGCAAACCUGGAUUUUCUCUCCUCCUACUCAACAUCGUUGCGGCAGAUAAUCUUCCAGUUAAUACCAGGCUUUCGGGAGCUUUAUGCUUUAAGAACUUCAUCAAGUACAACUAUGUGGUAAGUAUCUCGCGCUGUUUCCACUUCUUUGCUAACAAAUCUCUAGGACGAAGAGAGAAACUACAAGCUUCCACAAAAUGAAGUUUUUACGAUAAAGACUGAGUUGAUUGGGCUCAUGGUCUCGGUCCCAAACAGUAUACAAGCCCAGCUUGGAGAAGCUAUUAGUAUAAUCGCAGAGUCGGACUUCUGGGAUAGAUGGGAUACAUUGGUGGAUGUUAGUUACUUUUCUAGCGGAUCUAUGUUCGUCCUGGAAAAUUUACUGACAAUAUGUAGGAUUUGGUCUCGCGCCUCACUCGCGAUAAUGCUAAAAUCAAUAAUGGUGUACUGGAAGUUGCGCAUUCGAUAUUCAAGAGAUGGAGACCGCUGUUUGCCUCGGAUGCUCUAUACACAGAAGUCAACCACGUACUAUCAAAAUUUGGACAACCUUUUGUCCAGCUUCUAGCGGUAUACUUAACUCGCGCAAUGUUAUUAUAAGCAUUAGCUAACUCGUUUUCCAUAGAGCACCGACCAGCAAAUACAAGCUAAUAAGGAUAAUAAGGAGGUUUUGAAGCAACAUUUCGAAACGAUGAAUCUCUUGAUGAAGGUUUUCUUCGAUCUUUCGUGCCAAGAUCUCCCUCCUAUCUUCGAGGAUAAUAUCGAAGACUUAUCUAAACUUCUGCACAAGUACCUGACGUAUGAAAACCCUCUCUUAGCGACAGACGAUGAUUCGGAAUCAGGACCUCUCGAAUUUGUGAAAGCAGGAAUAUGCGAGGUUUCAACACUUUACAUGCAGAAAUACGAAGACGCAUUCGGUAGUCUUUGUGAGCCCUUCAUUACAAGCGCUUGGAGUCUAUUGACAACCAUUGGCCCCGAAACGAAAUUCGACAUACUUGUUAGCAAGGCAUUGCAUUUCCUGACCGCUGUUGCAAGUCUCGACAAGCAUGCUCAAAAUUUCAACAAUGGUGAUAUCUUGAGUCAGGUGGUCGAAAAGGUCAUCUUGCCCAAUGUAAGCUUGAGGGAAACCGAUAUCGAACAAUUCGAGGAUGAGCCUAUCGAGUACAUCCGAAGAGAUCUGGAAGGCUCAGACGCUGACACCAGACGACGAGCAGCAACAGACUUUUUGCGCAAGCUUUUGGAGAAGUUUGAGCCACUUGUGACUGAUGUUGUUGGCCGAUACAUUAAACACUACCUCGACCAAUUCUCGCAAAAUGGUAGCGAUCAUUGGAAAUCUAAAGAUACUGCUGUAUACUUGUUUUCUGCUAUCGCAGCAAAAGGUGUCAUCACCACUGGACAAGGUGUUAAAACUACUAACCCCUUGGUGGAUGUUGUCGACUUUUUCCAGCAAAACAUUGCAAAUGAUCUUCUGGCGGAAACUAACGUGGAGCCAAUCUUGAAAGUGGAUGCUAUCAAGUUCCUUUACACGUUCCGUAGUCAACUAACGAAAGAUCAAUGGAAAGCGGCAUUUGAACCUUUGGUUAAGAAUUUAGGAUCCUCAAAUUAUGUGGUAUAUACUUAUGCCGCAAUAACGGUGGAAAGAGUUUUGUUCCUCACAAACGAUGCAAACCAGCAUAUCUUUGGGAAGGAAGAUGUACUGCCGCUUGCUGAAAGUUUGUUGGAUCAUUUGUUCCAUUUGAUCGAAAAGGACGCUGCACCGGAAAAGAUCCAAGAGAACGAGUUCCUAAUGCGCUGUGUUAUGAGGGUGCUCAUUGUCAUCAAGGACGGCGUUAUUCCAAUAGCAGAUAAUGUUUUGCAACACUUGAUCAAGAUCACUCAGGUUAUUGGCCAAAAUCCUAGUAACCCCCGCUUCUACUACUAUCACUUUGAGGCCUUUGGUGCUUUGAUUAGGUAUGUACAACUCUUUUAUGCAUAGCUCAUAUCUAACAUACAUAGAUGGUCCGCACCUUCACAACCGGAUAAGCUUGAGAAUGACCUUUAUCCAACAUUUGCUGGUAUUCUCUCCAGUGAUGUUCAAGGUAUGCUCAAUAUCCGCUCGGAAUAUGGACCCUUAAACUAACAAUCACCAAGAGUUCAUGCCUUACGUCUUCCAGUUAUUCGCCGCUCUGCUGGAAGCCAACCCAUCCACAACACUUUCUGACUACUACAGAAAUUUGAUCACCCCUAUUCUAAGCCCUACUCUUUGGGAAUCCCGUGGAAAUGUGCCAGCACUCACCAGGUUACUUUCCGCAAUGAUCCCUAAAUGCGCUGCUGAACUUGUAGCGAACAACCAACUCGAGCCAAUUCUUGGUAUUUUUCAGAAACUAAUGGCCGGGAAAUCAAGGACGGAACUACAGAGUUUCGAUGUCUUGGAAGCUUUGAUUAUAUCAUGCAACGUGUAAGUAAUCUCGUUAUUUGCACCAUUUGUAUGCUAACAAGUAAUAGCACUGCCAUCGAGCAAUACUUCCCCACGAUUUUGAACAUCAUGUUCACGCGUCUUAACAGCAACCCUCCGGAAGCUUUCAAGCGUCGCUUCGUCCGCUUCUACCACCUUAUCUCAUCUAAAGAUCAGCAAGGCCUUGGAGCAGAUUUCUUCAUAAAGCAAUCAAACGCCGUGCAAGACACCGUAUUUGUGCCUCUUUACCUGACCAUCAUUCUACCAAUUACCCAGCAAUUCCCUCGACCACUAGACCGCAAGAUAGCCGUCAUUUCUUUGACAAAGACCCUGACCGAUUCACAAGCAUUUGCUGUCACAUAUAAGAAGGGUUGGUCGAAGACUUGUGAAGCUCUACUCAAGUUGUUGGAAAAUCCACCACUACCCGUCACAACGGAUGAUGUAGUCGCUGAAGCGGACGUUGAUGAUCUUAGCUUCGGAGUUGGCUUUACACAACUUAACACUUGCAAGAAGGUGGCGGACGACGAAUGGCCAGAGAUCACGGAUGUAAAGCUUUGGGUGGGGUCAUAUCUGAGAGAUGCAAAUGCACGACACGACAGAGCAAUUUCAGGUUUCGUCAACGAAAGAUUAAAUUCCGAGGCCAGAAGUCUACUGGUUGAAUAUAUGCAGUAGGAUGGAAGAUUAUUACGCAUGACACGAAGGCGACGAAAUAAUAUGGUGUUUUGUACUGAUACAGGAGCAUUUCAGCGAGGUAGCGAAAAGCAGGUAAAUUGGUUUCCAUGAUUCCCACAGUGAGUAGUAUUGAGGAACGAGAUGCAUCCAUGAUACAAUCUGUCCAAUGCAUAAGUUAUUGCCUGAAUUCUGGAAUUGCUUGCCAUGACCUGGCCUCCGGGGUAUGGAGCAAUCAUUAGAUAGAGGUGCUUUGGAUCUUGAGAUACUGGAAGCGAUGCUUUUUAUCUUCAUAUUCCAUUUAUCCCGUGUUGAACCAUGACCAUAUACA